AUAAGAUUUAGGCAUCGUCCGACUAUCUUCGUGACGUCACAUACGUAAUGUUUGUGAGAUAUAUCACGUAAAGCCUUGGUCAGCCUGUUUUUCCUAAUAGGUACCGGAUCAACAAUCAUCAACGUGUAGUGUUGUGUGUUUGACGUGCUUAGUACCGUUUCUUAAAUUGGCUUAACAAUGGAGGUGAUUACAGUUCACCCACUCAUCGAAUUGAAUAAUGAAAUUGUUGAAGGCACAAGAAAAUUCUAUGGCAUGGGGGACGUGAAGACAAUUAACGAGAGCCUUGACGCGAUUCAAGAUUGGACCAAAAAGCAGCCACACCUAGCAUCGGCAACUGAAUUUAUGACUCGUCGAUAUUUAGAAACUAUACUUAUAUUAGCAAGAGGUUCAGUCGAGGGAGCUAAAAACAAAAUCGACAAAAUAUGCACUACCCGAGGUUUAAUGCCAGAACUGUGUAUGAACUUUUCAGUUCAAGAGUACAGCAAAUUAUUUGAAUGCGUGAGAUACAUACCAUUGCCCAAAGUAUGCCCCACCGACAAAACAAGGAUUAUGAUGACACAAUUCAUACCAGAAAAAAUGGAUGCUUUCUCAAUAUUAUCUUAUUUUAGAUACAAUUUGAUGGUGGGAGAAUAUAGGGCACAUCACGAUUACACUAUAGCAGAAAGAUUUGUUAUUGAUUUAAAUAACGUUAGCCAAAUGACAAUCAUUACUAAAGUCAAUCCAAUCGUAGUAAAAAAGGCUGAAAUCAUAGCUACUGAAGCAUAUGGUACAAAAAUAAAGGGAAUACACCUUUUGAAUGCGCCACCGUUUGUAGAUAAACUAAUAUUCUUACUCAAACAAGCAUUGAAAGAAAAAGUAGCAAGCCGUAUUCAUGUGCAUUACACAUUAGAAGAUUUCCAUAAGCUUAUUCCCAAAGAAGUGUUGCCAAAAGACUAUGGUGGUGAUGAACCUACACUAGAGAAAUUAUCAGAAUUAUGGCAAGAAACACUGCGGACAGAAGAAGCAACCAAAAUUAUUUCAAACAUAAAUAAUAUAAUUGCAGAUGAAUCAAAAAGACCAACAAAUCAAUUUAAUCAAGAAUACAUGGGAAUGCCGGGAUCUUUUAGAAAAUUAAAUGUUGAUUGAAAUUUUUAGAUGAUGUAGUCUGAUGCAUUUAACUUUAGGUCCCCUUCCCUCUGGACCACGAUAGCGUUUAAGCGUGUGUUGCGUAUUGAUUUUGUGAAUAUUAAGUGAAAAAUAAUAAUUGUAAUAAAUAAAAUUUAAUAAAUUAUUGAGAAUAAUUCAAGUAGUGUACCAGGAUUGCAUGAGCUGCGGUGAGGCGAUGCCGACUCAGUGCGAAGGAACGAAUAUCAGAGAGACGGUAUACGUUAUCGUCACUGCGUCUAUCCAUACGAAUGCUGUGUACAUAAGGUGCUGCCGUGAGUCAUAAGCAAGAGCGAUUAGCGGCAAAUUGAAAGGAGCUGGCUCAGUUUUUUUAAUAAUUUCAUCAUAUAUAUAUACAUACGACGAUAGUAGUACGAGUCUAGAGAAUAUUACUAAAAAUCAUAUGAAGAGAAAGCUUGGUUAUGCUGAAAUGCAGAAAUUUAUUGCUGAAAUGCGUACUAUGUUUGUAAACUUUGUUUCAGGCCAAAACUCAAAAUUGCAAACUCUUCAAGAAACUGUAAUGCAAAUACAGGAACAAAACAAUAAUACUCAUACUUUUAUCGACAUGAUCUCUGAAAAAUAUGUUGAACUUUACAGGGAAAUUGAAAAACUAAGAGAAGAGUGUAAGGAAACCUGGUCUUACAUAGAUAAUUUAGAAAAUGAAAUUGAAAAUCUUAAGAGAAACGUGUCUGCUAGCAAAAUAUAAAUACGGAAUGUCCCAGUUUACCAAAGGAGAAUAAUAAAGUGCUUCUUAACCUGGUAAAACUUGGUAUUUGCACACAAAUUGUAUUGCCUGGUAUUGACACCAUCUUUACAGCUGCAAAACCUCGCGACUAAAAAUUUAAGGAAAACCGAAACAGUUUCUUUUGGCUGAGUGUCUUACUGCAAGAACGAGAAGACUAUUCUAUUUGUUGUUACUGUUAGACUAAAUGUAAAAUAUACUAGUUAUGGUAAAAUAUACUAACGUAAAAAAGAAGGCACACCUCAAUACGGAUUAAUGCAGAAGCAGAUCUGACAAAGUUAAAGAUGCUGAAAGCAUCUGUGUAAACCAUGAAUUUACUUGUUUUUCUCCAUUGUUUGUUUUAAUACACUAUGUCACACUUUACACAUUAUCUAUUCAACCAGAUAUACGUCAAAGCCUGCCGACCAUCCUGCGCUUACACUUACUGAGACACAUCAAAACGGUUUACGGGAGUUGAAGGACUUGCAGUUGCAAAUAGUCGACUCAUCUUACUUCGUUGUGAUUGUGCACUCCCACUUGUCACUUAAUUGAUUUUUAUCUAACACGCUUUGGACAUUGGAACACGGUUAUCGGUUUUAUCAAUCAAUAUGGAUGAACUGGAAUCAUGUUUUCUCCGAAGCGUGGACAAGUUUGUGUGAUUUGUGGUCGCUCCGUUUAACAUAAAAGACAAUUUGCUAUAACGGACAGAAUAUUUGAAAACACCCCUACACAUGCGGGGAUUUUUGCGUUUACUUUAGCGCGGCAGAAUAAGGGUGCACCCUUGCACCUUGUAAAGUACUCCCAUAAUACCUGAGCCCCUUAAGUAGGGUAACUCAAUUAAUUCCCUUGUUUUAUUAAUGUUCGUUCGUUAUAGUACUUGUACCUAUUUAACUGAAAAUAACUAAAGGCCCCCGGGAUGGAAUUUGAUGCGCUUUGGCACAGAUGAUCAUGACUAUAAUACCUUUCAAACAAAUGUAGUUUAAGCCGUGGCGGACGUGAGUACAUCGUCCAUACAUUUUUGCCCAAUGUCCUUUCGAUGCACUUGGCACUUUGAUUGAUAGGCUGAGCUUUAAAUGUUAUGUACUUGUGUUAACAGAGUGCUAGUUAUCUUGUAAUCCCAUUUUACCAAAAAUGGAAAGUUAUGUUAAGUUAUAUUGUUAUUACUAGAUUCCUUGAAAGAUGGUUAAAUCAGUUACCUUAGAUUCCAUUACAUAGUUAGUUACAUACAGGUCGACCUUAUAAAAGCGUGUUCAAAAAACAGAAUAUAUGUAGGCGAUUAUAACGAGCCCAAACUCGAUAUGUUUACUAGUAGGCAGUGCAGGAUACAUCAGCCAUCUUCCAGUUGUUCCUCAAGUCCUCGUCAUCAGGAAAAAUGAAUAGAAUAUGUUAAGACGAAUCUAAUAGGCCCAAACUAGAUAUGUUUACUAGCAGCCAGUCCAAAGUUUCAUCAGCCACCUUCCAGUCCCAUCAUCAGACCAGCUUAAUGGUACCAUAAUAUUGUAUAAUCAUCUAAUCUACAUAUAAUUGCAAAGUUUUAUUAUGUUAAGACGAAUCUAAUGAGCCCAAGCUCGAUAUGUUUACUAAUAGGCAGUUUAAGGUUCCAUCAGCCACCAUCCAGUCCCGUCAUCAGAUCAGCUCGAUGGUACUAUAGUAUUGUAUUGUCAUUUGUCUACAUAUAAUGGCCAAGUUUCAUGAUGAUACAAGAAUCAGAAGUGCGUGUAAUUCAGAUUCUAAGAUUUCAUUACAUAGUUACAUACAAGUGGACCUAAUAAAAGCGUGUUAAAAAUAUGGACGAAGCAAAAAAGGCGAGAGGUAUUUUCUUAGAUCUAGCCAAAGCCUUUGAUACGGUCCCUAUACCAAGGCAUUUGUCCAAGCUUGAGUCCCUUGGAGUACGAUGUACGGAAUUAAAACUUUUUUCCGACUAUUUAUCAGGGCGAAAUAGUUUAAUAUGCUGAUGAUACUGCCCUUUUAUUCUCAGCAGAUAGUUGGGCGGAGGUUUACGACAGGUCUCAAAUAGGUUCAAUACUGUUUUCAUGUGGCUAAGGAAUAAUUAUUUGACACUAAAUUUUGAUAAAACAAAAUUUAUGAACGCUCGUGAAUUAUCAAAAGUAACUGACCCUUUUUGUAGAUUUUAUAGCUGUUAUAGCCAAGCUCAACAAGCGUGUGUCUUUCCCUUAAUAAAUAAAAUGGACACGAUAAAGGAUCUGGGCAUAACGCUUGAUGCCAAUAUGAACUUUAAGGCCCAUAUAGAAUUGUUAAAUACUAGAUUAAGGGAACUUAUAUAUUAAAAAAGUCCACAAAUUGCGGA